UAGUUCUGAAAAUCCGUACGAAAUUCGCUGGGAAAAAGGCACAAAAACAAUACGAGCGAAUUACAUCAUGGCAACCGACGAAUAACAAGAUUUUGUUUCAUAUUUGAGCGGGCAUUAAUAGUGUUUUGGCAGUCGUUGUCCAUCAUCGAAACAACGAGAAACUGUUUUUAAUCGUGUUUUAUUUUAGUUUUAUUUUCUCGUUUGAAUAAGUUGGAGGCUGAUUUUCAACGAAAAUGGACUCCAAUGAGGCGGAGGAUAAGCAGAAAAGCGCAGGAGAUUCGGCGGUAGCAUCGCCCAAAGAAAAAAAAGAAGAGCCUGUGACAAAGAGAACAUUUAGACAGAAGGUAUGGAAUCAUCUAGAGCAGAACAAAUUGGUGAACUUUCCACGUCCAGUGUAUGGACGUAUUCCCAACUUCGUAGGAAGCGAAGAGGCAGCUGCUAAGUUGCUCGAUUUGGAUGAGUUUAAAGCAGCCAACUCUGUUGAAGUGAAUCCCGACAAAGCGCAGGAGGCUUCCAGAAUUGUCGUAUUGGAACAGAAGAAGAAAUUAUAUGUGCCUGUUCCGAGAUUGAAGGAGGCCCUGCUGAAGUUGAUUUCGGUCUCACAGGAUGCCUCUAAAACAGAUAUCAAGAGUGCCGUCAGCCGAAAGGGCGUCGAGGAGAGCGGCACAUCGAUUAACAUCGACGAUUCUGUAAACAUCGACCUUCUGGUUGUUGGAAGCGUUGCUGUUUCUAUGACCGGAUACAGAAUUGGAAAGGGCAAGGGCUAUGCCGAUUUAGAAUUUGCAUUGUUGAUGGAACUGAAUGCGAUCACCGACAAAACGACCGUUGUUACUGUUGUCCACGAUUCGCAAGUGUUCGAAGAAUUGCCCUCAGAUAUAUUUAAACAGUACGAUGUACCUGUGGAUUAUAUCCUCACACCUACGAGGACCAUCAAGGUGCAAAAUAGAUUGCCUAAACCGAAGGAGAUCUUCUGGAAAAUGUUGUCGAACAGGAGACUGAACCUUAUGCCGAUUCUGCAGGCCCUCAAAGAAAUUGAUGAAAAAAAAGGAAUCGAUGUGGCUCUGAAAGAGGUCGAUACGGACGUUGAAUCGUACGAGUCGAGGAGAUUCCAUAGAUCAAAGAGAUUUCCGCGCAGAAGACCAAGAUCAGCUGGCAAAGCUUCUGAAUCGCAAGGCGAAGACACAUCUAAAAACGAGAAUAGAAAACCACGGAGGUUUCCUAAGCCUAGAUAUUAUCGUUCUAACAAUCAGAAAUCCGAUGCGGAUAGCAAUGAGGUUGUCGAGAAUGGUAAUUUGCGUAGGCCAUUACGCGCUACAAACGGUAGCAGAUAUAAGAAGUCGUACCGAAGGAAUAAGCCCGUGAUUGACUUCUCGUUGAUGGUGAGCAACAUAGAGAAGAACGUGCGCGUUAGGGAUCUGAAAAACGCACUCAACGAACGUGGAAUCAAACCGAACGAAAUUACCUGGAGAGGUUACAAAGGCUUUUGCUAUUUGCAUUACGCGAAGCCAACAGCUCCUAAACAGAGCAAAGAAUUCAAGGAUGAGGAGCCGGCCGCCGUUGCGCCGCCCCCGUUACCCGCCAGGCCUCCUAUUAUCGUCGACAACGUGAUUGAGAUUCUGCAGGGGUUGAAGAUAUCCCCAGAAUCUGAGUCGAAUUUGAGCGUGAAGGUCCUGAGGCUCAACUCUAGGAUCGAGACGACUGACGUUACGGCUGUUUGAGGUCUGCGCUUUCGCGUGCCGACCAAAUAGUGAUUAUUAUUCGUAUUAAUAUUCUGUUUUAAAAUACCAAAUAUUUAUAUAAUUAUUAUUGUGUUAGCUUUUCAAUACUUUAACCAUUUUUAUUUAAUAUUACCUA